AUGGACGUCUCUUCUCCAAUGGUCGCGACCGAUGAUGCUGCUGAGGUUCGCCGCAACAACAGCAAGUCCUCUUUGCGCUGGGCAGCCCUGUUUCUUGGGGAACUCCGCGAUGGUUUGACCAUGAUCAAUAUGCAAAGCGCGUUCCUCAUCGUCUCGAAGCAGUACACUGAGAAGCAAGUUGGGAUCCUUUUCUUUGUCUUUGGGAUGUCUCAGUUCCUGUUCCAAACACCCGCUGGAUAUCUGUACGACUACACGCAUCAAAAGCUUCUGUGGCUCUCAGCGGCUUCUGUUGCCACGACGAUUUUGACGGUGGCCACAGCUCUUUGGGCUAAAGAAUUUGGAGAAAACCUUUUGUUGAUGGUGGCCUUGAAAUUCGUUCAAGGAGCUGUCACUUCCUUCAUUCCACCAGGUCUGAACAGUAUCACCCAAGGAAUUGUGGGAUCUGUGGGAAUGACGGAACAAGUCUCUCUGAAUGAGAUGAUGAACCAUUUGGGGACUGCAAUCAUUGUUUUGAGUGGCUCCCUCAUUGCCUUCUUCUUGUACCCCGAUAUUGGAUUUCUUUUUGUCGUCAGCCCCAUUGCCUGUUUGGGAGUCAUAUUCUUCUUGCAGCGUAUCAAUGCCAAGGAUAUCGAUCAUGCUGCCGCCCGUGGCCUCACCAGCGAAAGCCAUACUGGAAAAGAAAGCACUGCCUCUUCGUCAGAUUACAAACCACCAUCAUCCAACAACUCAGUUGGAACCAGCUCAAAGAAAGACGCUCUCACCAACAAACCUAGUUUUGUUUUCGGAAUGAAUGGGGCCACUAGCCACGAAAGCAAGUCUACUGGACUUCAACCUGAAACUCCACUUCAAGUUCUUCGUGACCCCACUCUCUUGAUCUUUCUGGUCAUUGUCUUCCUAUUUCACACUGCGAACGGUACCGUAUUGCCACUGGUGAUGCAGACACUUGCUAUUGGAAAUGGACGCAGCGGAAUCCUCUUGAGCGGACUUUGCAUCAUCGUGGCACAGGUUUUCAUGGUCAUGAGCGCCAAGAUUUGCGGAAAGUAUUCGGCAGUGUACGGAAGAAAAAUGCUGUUCUUGAUUGGAUUCUUUUCUGUGCCAGUUCGGUGCCUCCUGCUCUAUGGAAUGCUCAUGAUGUGGGAAGGUCAGAUCCAAGGAAAUCUAUUCAUCCAAAUUGUGAUCUUGUCCACUCAAAUCCUUGAUGGCAUUGGAGCUGGAACAUUUGGUACCAUGUACAUCCUUGUCACUAGUGAUAUCAGCGGAGGCACGGGGCGUUUCAGCUUGAUCCUUGGUAUGACUACGGCAGCCAUGUCCAUUGGGGGGACCGUCUCUGGAUAUCUUGGAGAAGCCCUUGCUGAGGAUCUGGGUUACCGAACCACGUUUUUCAUCUUGGCAAUCAUGUCGGCCGUCCCUGCUUUGAUCUAUCUCACAUGCAUGCCCGAGACACUCCCCGACCUCGCCAAGAAGCAAGAACCGGGCAGCGACAAGGCCAAUAUCCACAGUAUCAAGGAAGAAGACGAACCUUCACCAGAGACUGGAUCCAAGGCCCGUUACAUUGAAAUGUACUAG